CACAUGGUCAUCUUUCCACUUAGAUAGCUCAGUGAUAUCCGACUCUUGUAACCGCUUGUAAAGCGGUUAUUCAACCUUCGAAAUGGUUCUGGACACCAUAGGAGAUGUUCUGGAGAUGUUUAAGAACAGUUUUCCAUUAUCGUUUCUAUUUUUCAUCCCGAUCUUCAUAAUAAUUUCCCCAGUGAGUCCGGUGAAUGCAGCACACGAAUUUGCGGCUUACCGAAUGCAACAGUACGACAUCCACGGAACACAUUACGGCUGUAAGAGUGCACUUGUGAACAUGGAAGCCAGACCAAUUGAUGCUAAGAUGAUCACCAGGCGUUGCAUCAUUGUCCGUCUUCAAGAAAUCUCCAUCUCUAGGUACCGUGAUUUGAUCCAAGAGAAUGCUGGGGCUUUGAUGAUCCUCCUCCCCAGGAAUCUGACAGAUAUCACAGAGCAAGAAAGAAAGAACUUGGAGGUCCUUGAAAGGGACAUUCUGUCCGAGGAUACUUCUGUCCCUGUGUAUUUUUCGCCAGAGACAGAUGACCUGAUCCAGAUCCAUGCUGAUCUACAGACCAGCAGUUCUGGAGACCAGGCAAAUACUGCAGUUGAUGCUUUGCUGGGUGCUGCUACUGCCAAUGGUUUCCAGAUUGUUGUCAAUGGUGCUCAGUCUAAAAGUCUUCCAGACUUUCAAAUCACAAACCUACAGGGCCACCUGUCUGGAUUUGGGAUAGAAGAGCAGCUGCCCGCUAUAGUAAUUGUAGCACACUAUGAUUCGUUUGGUGUGGCGCCUAGUCUCUCUCAGGGGGCUGACUCCAAUGGUAGUGGUGUGAUCGCACUUUUGGAGUUGUCAAGGUUGUUUGCCAAGUUGUUUACAAAUUCCCGUACUCAUGCCAAAUACAACCUCAUCUUCCUUCUGUCUGGAGGUGGAAAGUUUAACUACCAGGGUACCAAGCGUUGGAUAGAGGACAACAUUGACUCUCCAGACAGUAACUUAUUAACAGAUGUGGCAUAUGUGCUUUGUCUGGACAGUGUGGGGGACUCUGAUGAGCUCUUCCUCCACGUCUCUAAACCCCCAAAGGAGGGCACACCAGGACACACCUUUUUAAAGAACCUUGAGGAUGUCAUUAAGACCUUUUUCCCAGAAACAUCCUUCAGAAUGGUGCACAAGAAAAUCAACCUUGCUGAUGAAAUGCUAUCUUGGGAACAUGAACGGUUCAGUGUUAAACGUCUUCCAGCAUUCACCGUGUCACAUCUGGAGUCUCAUAAAUCACCAGAAAAGACUACCAUCUUAGAUACAAGAGACAAGAUUGACAGCCACAAAUUAAGCCAAAACAUCCGUGUGAUAGCAGAAAGCCUUGCUAGACACUUGUAUAACCUGACAAACCAGUCUAACCUCAGGCUGUUCACAGACGCACUGGAUGUCCAAGAGAGUCUGGUGUCUGCCUGGCUUGACCAACUCACUGCUCAACCUCGGGCCAUGCAACUCCUCGGCAAGGACAGCAGUUUGCUAAGUACACUGGAGGAAACAAUGAACCGCUAUCUGAAGGAUGUUCGUCGUACAACCAUGAAAGCUGAUAAAAGAGAUCCAGAAUUUAUGUUCUAUGAUGGUGCUACCUAUCAAAUGAGUGCAUAUAAUGUGAAACCAGCCAUUUUUGACUUGUUCCUUGCCAUGGGGAUAGUUGGUUACCUAGCUGUUGUUUACUUUGUGGUAUUGAAUUUCCAUUACUUUUAUGGAGCUUUACGUAGUGUGACAAGUCCAAAGAGAAUGAAAGUGCAGUAAAGAUCAGAGGUGUGAGAGAAGAGAUUCAUCAGAGAGUGAGAUCUUCUUGAAAAGAAGAUGUGGACACAAGAAUCUUUACAGAACAAAAGGUCUUAUGCAAAAGGUUUUUUAUACUGUUUCUAGAUGAUGUAUUUAAUGCAAAAAGAAAUUCCAUUUUUAAUGUGAUAUGUUUGAUUGUUUUUUCACCCAAGAAUAUUAUGCCAAAACUUUUGUGUAUAUUCAACAGGCAUGCUUCAUAACAAGGGAAAGUUUGCUUUCUUUAAAAGAAGUCAAUAUGAAGACUUUCACACAUAUGGUGUUUAAAAUUUAAUUUAUAUGAUAUAAAAAAAUGUUGAGCAGAAAGCACAAAGUUGCAAAAUGAAUUGAUACAAAUGACAGUUAGAACUUGAUCAUAUUUGUAAGUAUUCAAUUUGAACUAUAUAAUAAUUAACAAAAUUGAACAUCAAAAAUGCUGUAGUGAUUAUAGCUUGGUCACUUUUUGGUAGGAAUGGACUCAUUCAUUUGAUUGCUAUUAAAUGCCUUGGAAAUAACAAACUUUAAUUGCGAUUUGAUGCGAUACAGAAUUUUCACUGAUUUUGGUAGUUGGAUUUUGUUUUGUGUAACAAGUAGGUGUUGUUUGUUAAACAGUUGCCAUGGGGAAAUAUAUAUUUGUGAAUUGUGAAUACUCCAGAUCAAAACCAAUUCUGAAAAUUGUGUCAAGAUAAUUAGGUAUUGUAGAUGGAAUGGGUUUGAUUAUUAACCAGUUUUAUGAUGUGUAUUAAAUGUAGUUAAUAUCACUCACUCGUUACUUAAUAUUGCUACAGUUGUGGGAUCGCACAAUGUUACACAAUAUACUGUGUGCGCAUGACAUAUGCAUUAUAGGAAAACUGGACAUACUUUGCUCAGUGCACACAUUGUGCAGUGUUAUUGCACAGAUGUGUGAUUCUAUUGUGGUUCAUAAAAAACAGUCAUAGCGUACAGAUGCUCAUUAUAUAUAUCAUGUUAAUAUGCAAACAUUGAAUGAAUGUCUCUUUUUGUCACAGAUAUGAAUUCUCUAAAAUAUGAUUCAGCCAGAAAGGAAAUUUUAUUAGUGUUACUCCAAAUUUUCUAUCAUUUUGUAAAGAAACAUAUACCCAGGUAAAUUUUAAGUGUUGUGUUUGUCAGUACCCUUAUACAGGUAAUUUUUGUUGCCCUGAGGUACACCACUCACCACUGUUUAAGUGUGAAACUAUAAGCUAGAGAGACUAAUCGAUGCAGGGUCCUGUUGUAUUUUCAUAAUUGUCAAAUAAAAAUGACUUUUGUAAUUGCUGAUCAACAUUUAAUAUGCCUAUGAUCUUUAUUUAGUCAUAACUACACAAGUUUUCAGUUUAAUUUGCAAUCUGUAAUAUUAAUUAAGUGUUUUUACCUAAGGUAUAAAAUGUGGGAUGUGAGAUCCCAUCGCUGUAUGACAGACAAUGUAUGCAUAAUGUACACACAAAGUAUUUGUUGUGUUGUGCGAUACCAAAACUGUAUGUCCAUGUUAAAGUUACUGAACACUUUUUGUACUGAAAUGUACAGUGGAAUUACCUUGGUUAUUGAGAAGUUGAAGUGCUGUAAAAGUCUGAGAAAUUAAAAUGAAUUUUUAUCAAGCUCAUAUAUUACCGUUUACUUUAAUUGUAGUCUUUAUGAAAAUGAUUGGGUGAAUUGAGACUUUACAAAAAAAAAAUAAACAAUUUUACAUGAUUGCAAAAAUGUUAAAAUACACUGCAUCAUGUUGCCAAUUGCAUUCCUUGAAUUGUAUAUUAUUUCAGUUUUGAAGCCUACUCACACUAAUUGUAUCACAGUCUUCAGCUGGCAGCUCAAAAAUAUCUUGGCUCUGACAGAACACUGACAUAGCUACCUUUUUUAUCAUGACAUCUCUGAUGACGUUGUACACUUUGUCAUGUUCUAAUUAUGCAGGAACAGGUUGACUGGAAAGGUUGAGUCACGUGAUCAAAACCAAAUGACUUGAUAUUGCUGAAUUAAGCCAAGAAUUAGUUGAGACUUUUUUUUUGUAAUGUUGAAAAUGUCGCCCUAGAAAUUUGCUCCGUUACAUGUAGUUUUUAUGUUCGAUAUAGCAAUCAGUGCAACGAAAAUAGAAAACACAACAUGCUCAACACAUGUUCAUUGUGAAGUAUUCACUAUACACACUGCUACGCACAGGCAUGAAGAUUCUACCAUAAUUGAUCUCUGUUCAGGUGUUGGCUUAAACAAACUGUCCUCGAUCAUCACUUUUAUUCAGAGUGAAUUUUGAGAAACAAAAGGACAAACUGUGUUAUUCCCUGUGAAAAGUGAUGCCUCCCACCUUUAAUUUUGAGUGUCUGUGUGUUUUGUUUGUAGUAUGUAAUAUCCAUCAUUUUCCAGAAUGUCAUACUUCAGGGAUUGUUACCGCUGUACUUUCGAUGUCCUGUAGACAUUUUGUAUGUGUGGUAUGUUUAUGAGUAGAUGUUACAAUAAAACGACCUGGUCAAGAUCAUGUCUAAAGUACA